AUUUACCAAAAAUAUCCGUCACGGUUGGAAAACUUUGAGCUUGGCAUUGCGAAACGGAAGCGUGUGUAAUAUUCGGUAGUCAUCGUUGUCCCACAUGGCAUGCGUGAGAUGAGACCCGGUUCUCCACAGACGCCCGCGAUCUCAAUCUCACUCUCACUCCCUCUCCCUCUGCAUAAAUCCUUCAUUAUUUUUCUAUUCGAUUGGUGAAAUAGGGUUUUGUUUCAACCAAUUCAAUUCAAUUCAAUUUAUCCACUCGGCGGAGUCCACAGAUCUGACGGAACCAUCAUUUGAUCUCGUCAACUACAAAGGUUGUUGAUGGGAAAAGAACGUUGAAUUCUUGUAUAACAAGCCACGGUGGUUCCAAAUAGUGAAACAAUGUCGACAGAGGGCGUGGAUGUUGGUGAGAUGAUUGAAAAGCACGCAGAAGAUGGUAUAAAACCUGACAAACAGCUGAUUGGCACGGACAAUGGAAGUGGUGAAAAUCUUGUUGAAGAGAACGGGUUUCAUGACAGUAACACAUAUACUAGUGAUACUCAAGAUGAACUUGUAGAAAUGGUUUUAGAACUCAAUUUCCAGAAUGAGUACUUGAAAUGUCAGUUUGAGAGCUUGAAAAAUUUCCAGUCAGAAUUUAGUGAGACUAACCAACAAAAGUGGGCAAUUGAGCGAGAUGGUGGGCGAUCUGAAGAUUUGAAAGAGCUCCAUGAAAAGGUAGAAUCUAUGAAUAGAGAACUUACGGAAGAAAAACAAACACGCGGUGCUGCAGAGGAGGCUUUAAAGCAUCUUCGAGCUGAAUACUCGGAGGCAGAUGCAAAAGCCCAGGAGCUUUCUACCAAGCUUGCUGAAGCUCAACAGAAGAUGGAACAAGAAAUAAAAGAGCGUGAUGAGAAGUACGCAGAACUUGACUCCAAGUUAAACAGGCUUCACAAACGAGCCAAGCAGAGAAUUCAAGAGGUUCAGAAGGAAAAAGACGAUCUUGAGGCACAGUUUCGUGAUCUGAAGGAAAAAGCCGAUCAAGCAUCAUCUCAACAGUCAUCAUUGCAGCAAGACCUGGAUCGCACACAGAAACAAGCGAAUGAAGCACUGAAAGCAAUAGAUUUGGACAGACAACAACUACGAAGUGCAAAUAAUAAACUUCGAGACAACAUUGAAGAACUGCGUCGUUCAUUGCAACCCAAAGAUAAUGCUAUUGAGGCAUUACAACAAUCGCUUUUGGAGAAAGAGCAGAUGUUGGAAGACAUGAGAGGGUUACUGCAAACAGCAGAUGACAAAAGGCAAGCUGCAAUAGCUGAGCUCUCUGCUAAACAUCAGAAGCAAAUUGAGAGUGUGGAAGCCCAACUUGGUGAUGCAUUAGCAGAUAGAAGCAAAGCAACCGAAACAAUUUCCUUUUUGCAGGGCCUAAUUGUCGAGAAAGAGUCUAAGAUUGCAGAGAUGGAUGCAGCUUCAAGUGGUGAAGCAGCACGGCUUAGAGCUGCUAUGGAAACUUUAAAAGGAGAGCUUAUUCACCUGGAACACAAGCAUGAGAAAGAAAAGGAGAAUUGGGAAGCUACAACCCACUCACUCAAAACCAAGUUGGAGGUUGCUGAGAGUAACUGCAUACGUAUUGAAAUUGAAGCUGCUAAAAUGAGAAGUCAGCUGGAAUUAGAAUUGUCUGUGCAAGUUCAGCUGCUAAGUACAAGGGAUGCUGAAUUUAAGGCUGCAAAAGAGGAGAUCAACCGUGUCGAAACUGAAUUUGCUUCUUACAAGGUUCGAGCUCAUUCACUUCUUCAGAGAAAGGAUGCAGAACUAGCCUCGGCUAGGGACAAUGAACUGCUCAAAGCGCAGGAGGAAGCCCUAAAAGAGGCUGAGAAAGAAGUAUUGUUGGUAUCUGCCGAAAGGGAUAGGGCCAUUCAAGAGCUUCAGGAUGCUCUUGCUAAUCAUGAUAAAGAACUUGCUGCCAGAGAUUCAGCUCUUAGCACUGUUGAGCAGCAAAUAAAGAGCAUGGAAAUCAAGCUUAAUUCUGAUAAUGCUCGGUACCAAUCAGAGAAAGAAGCAUGGGAAAUAAGCCUUCAGAAUUUGGAAGAAACUUGGCGAUUGAGAUGUGAAGCAGUGAAGACUCAAAAGGAAGUGUCUCCUUGUCCAGAUCUAAAAAUUGAACUAGAAGAUUUGAAACUACAGUAUAAAAAAUUGAAGGAAGAACACGAUUCAUUUCGUGAUCUGGCUGAUAAAAUGAUUGAGGAGAAGGACAAAGAGAUCUCUAAGCUUAUAGAUGACAAUAAGAAUCUUCAGAAAUCACUAGAAUUGAGACCACAGGCUGAGCACGUUUAUAGUUAUGGCACAGCUUUCCAGAAACAAGAUGAGUCUUAUACAAGCACCUCAGCAGCAGAACAGCAGAUAUUGAUUUUGGCAAGACAACAAGCUCAAAGGGAGGAAGAGCUGUCGCAAUCUCAGCGGCACAUUCUUGCACUCCAGGAGGAAAUUGAGGAGCUUGAACGAGAAAAUCGUCUCCACAGCCAACAGGAAGCCAUGCUGAAGGAAGAGCUCCGGAACAUGGAGAGAAUGAAAAAGAGGGAAGGGGUAGAUAUGACGUAUCUUAAAAAUGUAAUCCUAAAGCUUCUUCAAACAGGUGAAGUGGAGGCUCUGCUACCUGUGGUUGGAAUGCUUCUUCAAUUCAGUCCUGAUGAGAUUCAGAAGUGUCAACAAGCCUACCGCAAUUCAACAGAUGUUCCACCGAGCCCAGCAAGUGAUGCAUCAGGAUCUAGCCGCUCUCUUUUCUCCAGAUUUGCAUUUUCUUGACAGCGGAAACAAUUGUGAAGGAAAUACUUUCGCUGUGGGGAGAAGAACUAUCUGGCAACCAUGAUCCACUGGCAACAAUAUUUGGCUCUUUGGCCAGAGGCUGGGGGAAGCCGGGAUGGAGGGAAGUCACUGUAAUUCAUAUAUAUUCUUUUUGUAACAACAAACUUUAUAUAUUAAACACUGUUGAGAUUAUUGUAAAGAACUAUAAUACGAUAGGAAAUGAAACACAUCAAAUGCAAGAGAUGAAGACCUCCUGUAUGGCGGGAUUUUGUGGAGUACUGUGAAGACACCAGAGUUAUUUGGUUUUCAUUUAGUUUUUUUUUUUUUUUUUUUUUUUCUCAUUUUUUGGCAUAGCAGAAAAGAGUAUAGUAUUUGUGACUAAUUUAUAUAUGACAAUAUCUUACUGAAAUUUCUUGUUA